GGAGGUUCGUGGGAUGGGCAGUUGGUAGGAGAUGGUCAUCUGGAUAGAAUGGGAGAAUGGAUUUGGAGGGGCAAGGUUCUGAACGUGGCCCUCAAGACCCUCCUUAAUGUGGCCUCUGUUUACCUCUUCAGCCUCUCCUCUGCCCACUCUCCUUUCCUCUGCUGUUUUCCAGCGGCACCGGCUGCCUGUCAGGUUUUAGAUGACCCCAAGUGCAUCUCCACUUUGCCCCCUCUGCCAGGAACACCUUCCCUGUGCUGACUGAGGGCCUGUGAGAUGUUUGAAUGGGAAGGGGCUCAGAGUCAGGCCGGAGUUGGGGCUGGGUGGGCGAGAGGAGGGACUGGAAUAGAGGAACAACUUGAGUCAUUUCCUCACAACAAAGUCUCUGCUGUCACCAAGCUUAUGUUCUAGUGAGGGGCCUGGCAACAUGUAAAGAAGGCAAAUAUGUGUCUGAUGGAGACAAAUAAAGCAGGUGGCCCAGGAGGGAAUGGUCAAGGAAGGCCUUGCCAUGAGGUGAUAUCUGAGCCAAGACGUAGACAUCAGGGUGAGCCAACUGGAGCUGCGGAGGAAGCAGCAGGGUUGGGUUUCGUGUGUUUGGGUAUCCGUAGCGGAGGACGGGCAGAGAGGAGGAAGGGGGUGACAGUCAAGAGGACCGGGGCUUGUUGGCCACUGGUAGGACUGGUGUUCGUGGCAAGUGAGAUGGGAGCUGUCGGGGUGGGGGGGUGGUUUGAACCAACGGAAGUGAAAUGAUGAGUUAAUAGAGCCUCAGGUUGUGAAGAACGGCUCUGAGCGGCAGGGAGGAAGCCAGGACGGUGCAGGAUGGGUGACCCUCCUGGCUUCCAGGAGUGGGCGGCUGGUAGAGGAGGAGCUGGGAAAGGAAGCUGAGAAGGUUGGAGGAAGCUGAGAGGGGGUAGUGAAUUCAAAAAGACAGGGUGUUGAAAGCUGCAGAGAUUGGGAGAAGAAAUCUGUGAAGCACCUGCUGAGUCCGGCAAGGUGGAAGUUUUGCGGGACCCCCAGAGGAGCAACGUCAUGGUGGAGUGGGAUCAGGAUAGAAUGGGGGCUGAGAACGUAGUGAUAGCCAAGGUGGAUGCUUUUCUGGUGAAUGUUGCUGAAGAGGAGAGGGCUAUACUUGGCGGGGCUGCAAGUCUGUGUGCUUUGCUUUGAUGCAGGGUCCACCCGCAGGAUUGUUGUGGGGUCAUAGCUCAGUGCAGUGGGUGCAGGCAUCGAGGCCUCGGAGGCUAGCUUGACCCCAUGACCUUGUCAUGGAUGUUGUGUGCUUUCUUGGGCCUUAGGGAUGGGGCCCAGGAGUUCAGGGGCAGCACCAGCUUGGAACCAGUGUCACAGGAAUGUCCUCUUCUGUGGCUCUCAGCUCGGACCUGCUUUGGGCAGGAGGCAUGUCCCUACCCAAGCAACUUUGGUUUCUAGAGGGCCUGAGCUUCUCCGAGCACAGCACAAGAGGGAGGAGGCUGGGAUGGUCUGAGCCGGUCUCUGUUAGAAUCAGAAGCCCCUUUCUUCAUCCCCUGAGCUCCUACAGUCUGUCUUCCUGUCCCCAGCUCCCACUGCUUUUCUCUCUGGCCUGGUUGUCCACCAGGUGUCACUCUGACAGCCAAAGUCAGUAUUUGAGGGCCUGCGGGGGAGGGGGCGCUGGCCAGGGGAGGGAGUGCUGGCCCAGCUGUGCGGGGAGCAUGGGUCACCUGGCCCUCUCUUGGGGUCCUCAGUGUCCUCACUGCUCUUGGGUUCAGGCAAAGCCUGACUGGGUAAUGGGAGCCUCCCUGUGCUGUUUAGGUAAUAAGAAGUGGGUGUCGUUGGGGCCCAAGCAUCAAAGCAAGGUUGAAAAGGGAAAUAUUAAAGAAACCUAACCUGUAGGGCGCGACUGAGGCUGGAGAGUCGGGAGAAAGCUUACAGAAGAUCUCCUGAUGACAGGACACCGCACCACGUUUACCAUGCAGCAUGUCAUGGGUGUGCCCCGCGUGUUGGUGCGGAGCGGCCUCCUUGGAAGGGACCUCUUUAUGAUCAGGACUCUCUGCAGCCCAGGCCCUAGCCAGCCCAGAAAGAAAGGACCUGAGGAUGUGGCCCUGGGGCUGUACCACCGCCUCACAGCCCUGGGAAGAGCCCUGGGGCACAACAUUCGGCAGCGAGCAUCCUCCACGGCCACGACAUGGUGGGACAGAUAUGAAGAGUUUGUCGGACUUAGUGAGGUUCGAGAGGCCCAGGGAAACGUGACUGAGGCAGAGAAAGUGUUCAUGGUGGCUCGAGGGCUUGUCCGAGAGGCUCGGGAGGACUUGGAAGUUCACCAGGCCAAGCUGAAGGAGGUGAGGGACCGCUUGGACCGUGUCUCCAGAGAGGAUAACCAGUACCUAGAACUGGCUACGCUGGAGCACCGGAUGCUGCAGGAGGAGAAGAGGCUGCGUGGAACCUAUCUGCGUGCUGAAGACUCGGAGCGAGAGAAGUUCUCCCUCUUCUCUGCAGCUGUGCGGGAAAGUCACGAGAAGGAGCGCACUCGAGCUGAGAGGACCAAGAACUGGUCCCUCAUUGGGUCAGUCCUGGGGGCCCUGAUUGGUGUGGCUGGCUCCACCUAUGUGAACCGUGUGCGGCUACAGGAGCUGAAGGCCUUGCUCUUAGAGGCACAGAAGGGGCCUGUGAGCCUCCAGGAGGCCAUCCGAGAACAGGCAUCCAGCUACUCCCUCCAGCAGAGGGACCUCCACGACCUCAUGGUGGACCUAAGGGGCCUGGUACAAGCUGGGCCUGGGCAGAGCUCUGUGGCCCAGGCAGGUGCUUCCCCCAUCGGAGACAGAGAUGCAGAUGUCCUUUCAGCCACCUUGAAAGAGCAGCUCAGCCAUUCCAGGCAGGUCCGUUCCUGUCUAGAGGGUUUACGAAAGCGGCUUGAUGACUUGGAAAAGACUUUCAGCCAAACGGCUGAGUUGGUUCAGCUUGCAAAGGCUGCAGUGCAUCCGGGCCUGGUGGAGCCAGCAGAUGGGGCUCUGCCUGGCUCCUUGCUGGAGCAGGGGAGCAUGAUCCUGGCGCUGUCGGACAUGGAGCGGAGGCUAGAAGCCCAGGCCAACAGGAACACCAUCUGUAGCACGCUGGUCACCUCUGUGACAUUGGUGGCCGUACUGCCUGUGCUCUACAUGCUGUUCAGGGCCAGCUAGCCCCUGGAACCCCCUCCAGAGGCCCUGAGGGGAUAGGUGUGGAUAUAGAUUUAGUUAGGGAAUCCCAGCAGUGAAGUGAGCCUUCAGGGUGCACGCAACCUCAACCUGAGGCUGAGCGCCGUCUGUGUGGCUCACCAGCAGGCAUACUUUGCUCUUUAGAAAAUGCUCAUUUAUGUUAAUUAUCAAAACUGUGUGCUAAUGUCCAAUUAAAAUGUCUUUGGGUUUGUGUUAUUUAAAGUAA